GCCCGCUCGCCCGCCGCGCCAUGCGCCGGGCCCGCCGCUGAGCCCGGCCCGCUGGCGCGCCCCGUCCGGGAUGGGGUGCCUGGACGCUUGAGUCGCCGCUCAGCGCGACCUCCGCGCGGGGGAAGGAGCUGGUGCCGUGCGGCCGCGCUAGGAUGGAGGUACCCGGCGGCAGCGAUCCAGGCGGCGACGGGGCUGGGGACGGUGCCCACCCGGACCCCCGGACCCCCGGCGCCUCUGCGCCCAGCUCCGGCCCGUGCGCGGCCGCCCGGGAGUCUGAGCGCCAGCUGCGCCUCCGCCUCUGCGUCCUCAAUGAGAUCUUGGGCACCGAGAGGGACUACGUGGGCACCUUGCGCUUCUUGCAGUCUGCUUUCCUGCAUCGCAUCCGGCAGAACGUGGCGGACUCCGUGGAGAAGGGCCUGACGGAGGAGAAUGUCAAGAUCCUGUUCUCAAACAUUGAAGACAUCCUGGAAGUUCAUAAAGAUUUCUUGGCCGCCUUGGAGUUUUGUUUACAUCCGGAGCCUCAGUCUCAGCAUGAACUUGGGAACGUUUUCCUAAAAUUUAAGGACAAGUUCUGCGUGUACGAGGAGUAUUGCAGCAACCACGAGAAGGCCCUGCGGCUGCUUGUGGAGCUGAACAAGAUCCCCACCGUGCGAGCCUUCCUUUUGAGCUGCAUGCUCCUGGGCGGCCGGAAGACCACGGACAUCCCUCUGGAGGGCUACCUGUUGUCUCCCAUCCAGAGGAUCUGCAAGUACCCCCUCCUCCUCAAGGAGCUGGCCAAGAGGACCCCUGGCAAGCACCCAGACCACCCCGCCGUCCAGAGUGCCCUGCAGGCCAUGAAGACGGUCUGCUCCAACAUCAACGAGACCAAGCGGCAGAUGGAGAAGCUGGAGGCCCUGGAGCAGCUGCAGUCGCACAUCGAAGGCUGGGAGGGCUCCAACCUCACGGACAUCUGCACCCAGCUCCUCCUGCAGGGGACCUUGUUAAAAAUCUCUGCCGGCAACAUCCAAGAGAGAGCCUUCUUCCUCUUCGACAACCUCCUGGUCUAUUGCAAGCGGAAAUCCAGGGUCACCGGGGGCAAGAAAUCCACCAAGAGGACCAAAUCCAUCAACGGCUCCCUGUAUAUCUUCAGGGGUCGCAUCAACACGGAAGUCAUGGAGGUGGAGAACGUGGAGGAUGGGACAGCGGAUUAUCACAGCAAUGGCUACACGGUCACCAAUGGCUGGAAGAUCCAUAACACAGCCAAGAACAAGUGGUUUGUCUGCAUGGCCAAGACGGCGGAGGAGAAGCAGAAGUGGCUGGACGCCAUCAUCCGUGAGCGGGAGCAGCGCGAGAGCCUGAAGCUGGGCAUGGAGCGCGAUGCCUACGUCAUGAUCGCGGAGAAGGGAGAGAAGCUUUACCACAUGAUGAUGAACAAGAAGGUGAACCUGAUCAAGGACCGCCGGAGAAAGCUGAGCACCGUCCCCAAGUGCUUCCUCGGCAAUGAGUUUGUUGCCUGGCUCCUGGAAAUUGGCGAGAUCAGCAAGAUGGAAGAAGGUGUGAACCUGGGCCAGGCCUUGCUGGAGAAUGGCAUUAUCCACCACGUCUCCGACAAGCACCAGUUCAAGAACGAGCAGGUGAUGUACCGCUUCCGCUACGACGAUGGCACCUAUAAGGCCCGGAGUGAGCUGGAGGACAUCAUGUCCAAGGGUGUGAGGCUUUACUGCCGUCUUCACAGCCUCUAUACCCCCGUGAUCAAAGACCGAGACUACCACCUGAAGACGUACAAGUCGGUGCUGCCCGGGAGCAAGCUGGUGGACUGGCUGCUGGCCCAGGGCGACUGCCAGACGCGCGAGGAGGCGGUGGCACUUGGUGUGGGCCUGUGUAACAACGGCUUCAUGCACCACGUGCUGGAGAAGAGUGAGUUCAAGGAUGAGUCCCAGUACUUCCGCUUCCACGCAGAUGAGGAGAUGGAGGGGAUCAGCAGCAAGAACAAACAGCUUCGCAACGACUUCAAGCUGGUGGAGAACAUUCUGGCAAAGCGCCUGCUGAUCCUGCCCCAGGAGGAGGACUAUGGCUUUGACAUCGAGGAGAAGAACAAGGCGGUGGUGGUGAAGUCGGUCCAGAGGGGCUCGCUGGCUGAGAUGGCCGGCCUGCAGGUGGGGAGGAAGAUCUACUCCAUCAACGAGGACCUGGUGUUCCUGCGGCCCUUCGCCGAGGUGGAGUCCAUCCUCAACCAGUCUUUCUGCUCCCGCCGCCCGCUGCGUCUCCUGGUAGCCACCAAGGCCAAAGAGAUCAUCAAAGUCCCCGACCAUCCAGAGGCUCUGUGCUUCCAGAUCCGGGGAGCUGCCCCGCCGUACGUCUACGCGGUGGGGAGAGGCUCCGAGGCUGCGGCUGCAGGGCUCUGUGCCGGCCAGUGCAUCCUGAAGGUCAACGGCAACAACGUGACAAGUGAUGGAGCCCCAGAGGUCCUGGAGCAUUUCCAGGCAUUCCGGAGCCGCCGAGAAGAGGCCCUGGGCCUGUACCAGUGGGUCUACCACACCCAUGAGGAUGCCCAGGAGGCCCAGGGGGUGCCCGGCGAGGACCCCAAUGGCGACGGGGCCCAAGAGGAUGACCAGCCCAACUCAGACUUCCCCCUGCUGUCCCUGGGUCCCCAGCUGAGCCUGCAGGAGGACAGCCCUGUGGUCAGCCUGACGGUGGACAACGUGCAUCUGGAGCAUGGCGUGGUGUAUGAAUAUGUGAGCACAGCAGGCAUCAAGUGCCACGUGCUAGAGAAGAUCGUGGAGCCCCGUGGCUGCUUCGGCCUUACUGCCAAGUUUGCAGCUCAGCUAAAGAGCAGGGUCAGCCCACCCUUCAAACAAGCACUCCUGGAACCCCAUCCACUGUGUGGCCUGGACUUUUGCCCCACCAAUUGCCACAUCAACCUCAUGGAAGUGUCCUACCCCAAGACCACGCCCUCGGUUGGCAGGUCCUUCAGUAUCCGCUUUGGUAGAAAACCCUCCCUCAUCGGCCUUGACCCAGAGCAAGGUCACCUGAACCCCAUGUCCUACACCCAGCACUGCAUCACCACCAUGGCUGCCCCGUCCUGGAAGUGCCUGCCUGCUGCAGCGGGGGACCCGCAAUGGCUGGGUCUCAACGACAGCAGCUUUGGGCCAGCUGGUGGAGCCCUUGGCCAGGAGGACCGGGGCCUGAGCUUCCUACUCAAGCAGGAGGACCGCGAGAUCCAGGAUGCCUACCUGCAGCUCUUUACCAAACUGGAUGUGGCCCUGAAGGAGAUGAAGCAGUAUGUUACCCAGAUCAACAGGCUGCUGUCCACCAUCACGGAGCCCACCUCGGGUGGGUCCUGCGAUCCGCCCUUGACCGAGGAGGCCUCAUCCCCUCCACUGGUCAGUGAAGAGAGCGAGAUGGACAGGACUGACCACGGGGGCAUCAAGAAAGUGUGCUUCAAGGUGUCCGAGGAGGAUCAGGAGGUCGGGCACGACACCAUGAGCUACCGGGACUCCUACAGCGAGUGCAACAGUAAUCGGGACUCCGUCCUGUCCUACACCAGCGUGAGAAGUAACAGCUCCUACCUGGGCAGCGAUGAGAUGGGGUCCGGGGAUGAGCUGCCCUGUGACAUGAGGAUCCCGUCAGACAAGCAGGACAAGCUCCAUGGCUGUCUAGAGCAUCUCUUUAACCAGGUGGACUCCAUCCACGCCCUCCUCAAGGGACCCAUCAUGAGCAGGGCUUUUGAAGAGACCAAGCAUUUCCCCAUGGAUCACAGCUUGCAAGAGUUCAAACAGAAGGAGGAGUGUACAAUCCGUGGCCGGAGCUUGAUCCAGAUCAGCAUCCAGGAGGACCCCUGGAACCUCCCCAAUUCCAUCAAGACCCUGGUGGACAACAUCCAGAAAUAUGUGGAAGAUGGAAAGAACCAGCUGCUCCUGGCCUUGCUGAAAUGCACAGACACAGAGCUGCAGCUGCGAAGGGACAGCAUCUUCUGCCAGGCCCUGGUGGCCGCCGUGUGUACCUUCUCUGAGCAGCUGCUGGCAGCCCUGAGCUACCGCUACAACAACAACGGCGAGUACGAGGAGAGCGGCCGGGACGCCAGCCGCAAGUGGCUGGAGCAGGUGGCGGCCACCGGUGUCCUCCUGCACUGCCAGUCCCUGCUCUCGCCAGCCGUGAAGGAGGAGCGGACCAUGCUGGAGGACCUCUGGGUGACCCUGUCGGAGCUGGACAAUGUCGCCUUCUCCUUUAAGCAGCUGGAUGAGAACUAUGUGGCCAACACCAACGUCUUCUACCACAUCGAGGGCAGCCGGCAGGCGCUCAAGGUCGUCCUCUACCUUGACAGCUACCACUUCUCCAAGCUGCCCGCCCGCCUGGAGAGCGGGGCCAGCCUGAGGCUGCACACCGUGCUCUUCACGAAAGCUCUGGAGAACGUGGAGGGGCCGCCUCCUCCAGGCAGCCAGGCUGUGGAAGACUUGCAGCAGGAGAUCAACGCCCAGUCCUUGGAGAAGGUUCAGCAGUAUUACCGCAAACUCAGGGCCUUUUACCUGGAACGGUCUAACCUGCCCACGGACGCCAGCACCACGGCGGUGAAGAUAGACCAGCUGAUCCGCCCCAUCAACGCCCUGGACGAGCUCUGCCGCCUCAUGAAGUCCUUUGUCCACCCCAAGCCUGGCGCCUCAGGGAGCUUGGGCGCCGGCCUCAUCCCCAUCUCCUCCGAGCUCUGCUACCGCCUGGGGGCCUGCCAGAUCGCCAUGUGCCGCACGGGCAUGCAGAGGAGCACCCUGAGCCUCUCCCUGGAGCAGGCGGCCAUCCUGGCUCGGAGCCACGGGCUGCUGCCCAAGUGCAUCAUGCAGGCCACAGACAUCAUGCGGAAGCAGGGCCCCAGGGUGGAGAUUCUGGCCAAAAACCUCCGCGUCAAGGACCAGAUGCCCCAGGGUGCACCUCGGCUCUACCGCCUCUGCCAGCCACCCGUGGAUGGAGACCUCUAAGCACCGAGAUGCCUGGUGCUCGGCUGCACUCUCUGGAGCUGGGAUUGGGGAGGACGCGGGGGCCAUGCUUCCUUCUCCGGAGCUGGCCCGAGGCCGCCUCCAUCACCUCCUGUGAGGAUAAGCGGUGCCUCCGCCUUGGAUGAGCUGGCUGAUCGGGCCUAGGCCGGCACGUCCUCCACACUUCUGCCAGAAGCCUGAGGGGUGCUGGGGACCACAGAACUGCUGGGUGCCGCCGGGGCUGGGCUCCUGCCCACAGGUCCCCAGGACACAGGGAAGAAGUCAUGGGCACUGCAGCUGAAGGCCUGCAGCCCCAGCCCCUUCGGAGUGGCUCAACCUGCACUUUGGAAACUCCUGGUUUCCGUCUAAGUCCACAUUCCAGGUGACCACACGCGUCUCCAUCCCCCCCCCACUGCCCCACUUCCAGACCCCCCCAACCCUGUACUAACCUGCUCGGUGGACUCGGAAAAGCUAGACCUCUGCCAGAAAAGAUGGAGGGACAGGGCACAACCUCUGUUACCAGGAGAACAGUGGAAAGCCACACUGGCCUCUGACAUUGGCGCCAUCGAACCGGAGCCAUCGGCCCUGGGCACGAGAUUUGCUCUGACUUUAUUUAUAUGGCGUGAACUCUCUACAGUUUAUUUUGGUGUUUUUAUGUUGUUGUCGAGAACUUUUUUUUUUUCCAGGUUGUGUGAUGAUAUAUUUGACAUUUUAAAUUUCAGAGAAAGCUAUAUUGUCUAACAGGGGACCAACCUAAGGUAGUAUUGACAACUCUUUCCAGUUCUACUAAAAAAAAAAAAAAGAAAAAGAAAAACUAAAUUAUUGAAAAUUCAAAAAAUGUCAGUAUCAUCUUUUUUACUGCUGGGGUUGUAAGAUACGGCUUAUAAGUAUGGAUUAGGAUUCCUUUCCCACCUGCCUUCAGUUCUCCAGCGGUUGGUCAGUAUCAGGUUCAUUCCUUUGUUCUCUCUGAAUGACUGGCUACCGGAGUUUGAGAGGCGACGGGGCCAGGCCUGGGGGCUGGAAGGGGUCAAACUAUCCCUGGGGGAGGCUGUCUGUUUUCUACGGGUAGGAGGGCCUCUGGGAAACACUGAGUGGUGAUUUCUGUCAUUUAUUAUUAUUAUUUUUUUUUAUGUUAACUCAGAGCAGGGCCUUUGGGACUUGUCAGCCAGCCAGAGAGACAGAAAGCCACCCUGCCCGCCUCCUGGGCACAGGGACCUGCACCAGGACCCUUCCCUCUCCCCUGCCUCCUCAACCCCCAGCAGUUUGUCCCCUCCAGCUCCUGUAUGCCAGCAGGGAAAUGUCAUAGCUGAGAAAGAAGGGAGGAGUCUUUCUACCCCUGGUGCAGAUGGGUGAGAUCUGGUGUGGGUUUCCUGACGGCCCUGAAGUUUGAAGUCCCACCAGCAUCUUGGCCUCCUUCACCCCAGGGGCCCCCCUUCCCUCUCCUGCCUCCCUACACCAGGUUGCAAGAGGUAGGCUUGUUGCCAGACAGCGGUGGUGCUGAUACAGAGGAGGACCUGCUUGAGCCCCUGGUGGAAACCCAGAGGGGCCCCUCCCUGAGGGCAAGGGUGUGUGCACAUGCACUGGUUUACUUUAAAAUGUACAGAUCUCAUUCAAUUCAUGAUAGAUUUUUUAUUAUUAAAAAUUGGUUUAUAAUACAAA